AUGGAGGAUGCGUGUCGCGAGUACGAAUCGUCCCUGGAAGACCUAACGUUCAACAGCAAACCGCACAUCAACAUGCUCACCAUCCUGGCCGAGGAGAACAUCGCCUUCGCCAAGGAAAUCGUCGGCAUUAUUGAAGCUCAAAUCAGCAAGGCGCCUGCCAUCGAGAAGCUGCCCGUUUUGUACUUGGUGGAUUCCAUCGUGAAGAACGUGGGUCGAGACUACCUGCCGGUGUUUGCCAAAAACCUAAUCACAUCCUUUAUAUGUGUAUUCGAGAAGGUGGAUGAAAACACCAGGAAGUCUCUGUUUAAGCUGCGCUCCACGUGGGAUGAGGUCUUUCCCCCAAAGAAGCUGUAUGCACUGGACGUGCGGGUAAACUCUGUGGACCCAGCCUGGCCCAUCAAGCCCCUGCCCCCGACUGCCAGCAUACACGUCAACCCCAAGUUCCUCAAGCAGUCCGAUGAAACUCCAGCUGUGGUGGCUCAGCCUGUGGUCGCCCCAGAACCCCCUGUACCUCCGGUCCCUCCUGUCCCAGUGUCCAGUGUCACACAGGAGCAGCUCAUCCGACAGCAGCUCCUGGCCAAACAAAAGCAACUGUUAGAACUUCAGCAGAAGAAGAUCGAGCUGGAGCUGGAGCAGACCAAGGCCCAGCUGGCUGGAGGCUUCAUGCUGCCCACCUCCACUCCAUCACUCCCCCCUAAGGCCAUUGUCCCCCCUGCCACAGUGAUUCGGCCCUGGAAACCUCCCCAGAGCCCUGCCCCUGAAGCCAAAGGUCCAGUGUCUACAUCCCCAGUGACAGCUCCACCAGCCCCAGUUGGCAUCCGAGACCCCCGCCUGAACCGGCCUGUCUCCAAAGAACUGCUGCCCUCCCCCUCGAAGAGCAAAUCCAAAGCAGUGCGCCCAGACGACGCCAAACCCAAACCCAAGGCCCCCUCACCCAUGUCCAAGACUGUCCCUGGGAAAACAAAAAGUGUGGAAGACAAAAAGGAUCCACGAGUAAAAAAACGAUCCCCGGUGGAGGUCGAGGAGCUCAGGGAGCGGAGGCGCGCAGAGGUCGAGGAGGUGCGGGAGAGGAAGCGCAUUCAAGCAGAGGUCGAGGAGGUGCGGGAGAGGAAGCGCAUUCAAGCAGAGGUCGAGGAGGUGCGGGAGAGGAAGCGCAUUCAAGCAGAGGUCGAGGAGGUGCGGGAGAGGAAGCGCAUUCAAGCAGAGGUCGAGGAGGUGCGGGAGAGGAAGCGUGCAGAGGUUGAGCUCAGGGAGAGGAGGCGUGCAGAGGUUGAGGAGCUAAGGGAGAAGAAGAGACGCUGCGAUGACUCUAAAGAUCUAGAAGAAGUGAAGAGGAGGCGAGAGGAGGCGCAGAAAGGGAAACUGAUGGUGAAUGGAUCCAUGCCGAGCAAAGAGGAGUUUAAAACGGGAGGAAACGCCCGCACACAUGCCAGAAAACGCUCCCGAUCCCCGGACAACACGUCGCCCAGUCACACCAGCAGCCGAGAGCGGGACCGGCGCUCUCCCAAAAGACAGAGCAGCUCCCCGCCUCACAAGGCCCAGAGCAGAUCUCCUCCUCUUCACAAAGCCCAGAGCAGAUCUCCUCCUCCUCACAAAGCCCAGAGCAGGUCCCCCAAACGACGAAGCAGCUCCCCGCCUUCACACAAACCAGCCAAGAACCAGCGAGCACGAAGCCGCGAGGACCACAGUCUCCAGGGGCUGAAGAAGACCCUCAGCGACGGAAACAGGCGCAAGCGUCCUGAUGACAGAGACCCUCCACGAGGACACGACCCCAAAGAGGCGAAGGACGCGCAGCACCGGUAUAGGAGCUGGGAGGAGACCAAACAUGGGAAGGACGAGCAACAGCACAAAUCCCCAGCUCAGCGGCACAAACCGUACACCUCACCGCGAACACCAAAACACCGGCUCAGUGUGGACGCCAACCUGCAGAUCCCCGAUGUGCUCAACUCUGCGUCCAAGAAGGACCUGCUGAGGCGGGCAAGUCGUCGUCUGGAGAGUGGAGAGAUCACUGAGGAGGAGUUUCUGAACCUGGCUCAUAAGAUCAAGAACCUGUUCCAGUAUCAGGAGGAGAAACAGCAGAGAGGUGUUCAGUCCGACCGCAGGAGUAAAGAGCAUGAAGAGCCUUCAAGACCUAUGGUCGAGGACUACAACCACGGGAGAGAGUUCCCCCCUCUGAAGGCUCUGCCCGGGCUGCGGUUCAAGAGGCGCGCGGACCCUCGCGAAGCAGCGGAUCGUGAGUGGAUCUCCCCUCUGUCGGAGCGCCAGCGUCUGGACAAUGAGGUUAAGAGUGGAUAUGACAGAAGGCGACCAGAGCCCCCUCAGCUGGCCUCCCAGGAGCCCCCCAGGUUUGAGCGGGAGCGCCUCUCCCCCUUGCCUCCGCCCCUCCUCCCCAGAGAGCAGCCAGAGUCCAGCCCAGUGGCCCGCUUCGAGAGCCCCAACUCUGAGCACUCUGAGGAUGGAGAGGCUCUGCUGCACCAACCACCUACUGCCCAGAGCCUCCAGAACAUGCAGCCCAAGUCCAUCCUGAAGGCCCGUCCAGAUGGACCAGGGCCCAGGCCUCAGCAGGGCUUCAGGGACAGUGGCCCCCGCUCUUAUCAGGAGCCGCACUUCAAUGCCUCAGACCCGCACUUUGAUCACAUGACGCAUGGGGGGCCAAUGAGAGGCUUUGACGGCCCCCAGCCACGCCCCCGUUUUGACGCACCUAUGCAGAGGUUUGAAGGGCCCCAGCGCUUCAUGGGGCCAAUGGGCUUUCAGCACCGACCACCCAGAUAUGAGGGGCCUUUCGACGGCCCAGGACCCAGACCUGGGUUUGACGGUCCGCGCUUUGAACCUCGUUUCCCUCAACAACAGCCCAUGAGGCCCCUGGGGCCCAUGUUUGACGGCCCCAUGGGCCCUCAGCAGGGUUUCAACAUGGGCCCCAACAGCAUGGGCCCCAACAGCAUGGGCCCCAACAGCAUGGGCCCCAACAGCAUGGGCCCCAACCAAAUGGGCCCCAACCAAAUGGGCCCCAACCAAAUGGGCCCCAACCAAAUGGGCCCCAACCAAAUGGGCCCUCAGCACUUCCCUGAGCCUAUGGGUGGCUCCUUUCCCACAGGGCCCAUGUACCAGGGACCAAACUUCAUUCAACCUGGACCCUUCGCCCAGCCGCAGGGAGGCUUCUACAACCAGGGCCCCGGAUCCAUGGGCCCCCAGGGUCCUGGGAUGGGUCCUGGUCCUGGCAUGGGCCUGCAGCAGCCGAUGAACAUGAUGAAUAUGAACCAGAACUUUAUACCUCAGAACACUGUGCCUUUCCCUCCAGCUCCUCUGGCCCCUGAGAACCACUUUGGGCAGGUCGAUGUGAACGACCUUCUGUCUAAACUCGUCUCCAAUGGAAUCAUCAAAGCGUCUCAGCCUGAGGACCGGGGACCAACUUCAGGAGCUCCCGCUCUGCCCCCCGCUGUGGCCCCUGUGGUGGAGGAAGAGGAGGAUGAAGAGGAGCCAUCAGAGGACGACCUGCCCGACCUCACCAGCUUCAGACUGGACCCUAUGAAACAUCGCUAUGACAGCGUGGUGACGCGCCUCUACACGGGGAACCAGUGCUGUCUGUGCAGUAUGCGCUUCACGGCAGCGCAGACCGACCUAUACGCCGACCACCUGGACUGGCACUUCAGACAGAACCAUGCGGGGAAGCAGGCCGCGCGGAAGGUCACGUACCGCCGCUGGUACUACGGGCUCACGGACUGGAUUGAAUUUGAGGAGAUCGCUGACCUGGAGGAGCGUGCCAAGAGCCAGUUCUUUGAGAAGGAGAAUGAGGAGGAGGUGCAGAAAACUCAGGCUGCGGCCAAAGAGGAGGAGAUCCAGAGCGUUAGGGCCACUAAGGACCAGGUGGCAGAGCUGUGUGAGAUCUGCCAGGAGCCCUUUGAGACGUACUGGGUGGAGGAGGAGGAAGACUGGUUUCUGAGAAAUGCCCUCCGUGUGGACGAAAAGAACUUUCACCCGGCGUGUUUUGAAGAUUAUCAGAAAUCUUCGUACUUGGACGUCACUCCGUCUCCAAACAAACUGCUGACUGAGCACCCACUGAGCACGCUCAGUACGACGAACCCACUGAGCUUACUUAGUGCGGAAGACAUUAAAGUUAAAACUGAGGAUGUGGGUGGAUCCUCGUGUUCUGUCAAAAAGGAAGUGGACUCUGAAAUCAAACAGGAACGUGUUUCGGUUCCCGUCCGGACUCCGCUUCGUUGUGAAAGAGUUCCAGAGAUUCACCGACACUCCCCGAGCCCCGUGUCCGCCCCAGAGCUGCGUAUUCCGGCCUCCCGCGGAGCUGUGACUGGAGCUUCAGCAGUUAGCCGCGGAGCUAGCAGUGCUAACGCUAACGAGGCUAGGGCUAACGAGGCUAAAGCUAAUCUGAGGAGGACAUGCGGUGAGCGUGCAGCCGGCGCGGCAGACGCUGUGUUUGCUCUGCGCGCCGCGGCGGCGCCUCAUGGAGCGGAUGGAGGUGGAGCCAACUCUAGCGACGGCUCCUCGGUCUUCAGCUCCUCAGCCCGGUUCAGACGCAGCAGCGUUUCACUCAACCCCAGCGGCCAGUCGCAGCUGUUGUUGCCGUUCCCCCUGAACUCAGAGCGAACAGAAGCCAAGAGACAUGAGGACUUCAGCUCUGCUCUCAGGGGAAGCCUGCAGCGCCUCAGCACGUCGACGGCGAGCGGAGUGGCAGGGACUCACUGGAGCCACGGAAACACUUGGCGCCCCCUGCAGGACUCUGGUGUCACUCCUAACUCCUCCCCCAGUCCUACACGCAGGAGCUUCAGGCCAACGCUCAGGGGGCCUACAGCGCCGCUCAAGAGGAAAGGAGGAGUGGAAUCAGACGCACCGCCCAAGAAACUGUUCAUCACCGGAGUCAGUGCUGAGGCCUCGGAAUCUUCUUCGUUGUCGUUUUCAUCACCGCAGCAUUAA